GCAUCUUUCGCCGCCUUUCCUGGUGGCGUUCACUCAUUCUUCCUUCUUCCAUUUCAGAAAACAUGCCUUGAACUGCCACAGAAUGAAGCCUGCUCUUUUCAGCGUGCUGUGUGAGAUCAAGGAGAAAACAGUGUUAAGUAUUCGCGGUAUUCAGGAAGAAGAUCCCCCAGAUGCUCAACUAAUGAGACUAGAUAACAUGUUGCUGGCAGAGGGUGUCUCCGGGCCCGAGAAAAGAGGAAGAGGAGGACCGAUGGCUGUAGCAGCAACAUCAGGUGGCUGUCCAAAUGACAAUAGCAUUGAACACUCUGACUACAGGGCCAAGCUGUCACAGAUCCGACAGAUAUACCACUCUGAGCUAGAGAAAUAUGAACAGGCCUGCAGUGAGUUCACCACCCACGUCAUGAACCUGCUUAGGGAACAGAGUAGAACCAGACCAAUUUCGCCAAAAGAAAUCGAGCGCAUGGUGAACAUAAUCCAUGGCAAAUUCAGCACCAUCCAGAUGCAGCUGAAGCAGAGCACGUGCGAGGCAGUAAUGAUCCUGCGCUCCCGCUUUCUUGAUGCCAGGCGUAAACGACGUAACUUCAGCAAACAGGCAACGGAAGUACUGAAUGAAUAUUUUUAUUCGCAUCUGAGUAAUCCUUACCCCAGUGAAGAGGCCAAAGAAGAGCUAGCAAAGAAAGGUGGCAUCACGGUUUCACAGGUUUCCAACUGGUUUGGUAACAAAAGAAUUCGAUACAAAAAAAACAUGGGGAAGUUCCAAGAAGAAGCCAAUAUUUAUGCUGCAAAAACAGCAGUGGAUGCAACUAAUGUCGUGGCUCAAGGCAACCAGGCAAAUUCUCCGUCUACACCAAAUUCAGCUUCCUCUGGCUCUUUUAAGAUGACAAAUUCUGGAGAUUCGUUUAUAAACUUGCAGUCAUUGACUUCCUACCAGAGCUCCCCAGUGGGAGCCAGUGUGCAGUCGCAGAUGGAUUCCUUACAUCACGUCAUACACCAGACGGGAAGAUAUGACACAAUUGUGGGGAAUCCUUUGUAUACGACGCAGCGCAUAGAUGCUAAUGGCAGCUGGCAGGAUGCUACCACCCCUUCAUCAAUCACUUCACCUGCUGGAGACCCUGGAAGUGUUAAUUCGGAUGCGUCUAAUUAAGUUUUUAGGACCUAUUGAUGAGAGGAAAGAGGUCAUUAGUGUAAUUUGUCAAUGUUGCUCUUUUGCCAAUACUAUUGUUUAUACAACUUGACACACAGCUAAUUACCUCAGAAAAAACCCUGGAACCAAUAGACGAUUGUGAUUACAAUGAUACCUCUCUACCUCUCAGCCUCACGCAGUUGAGUUCUUUUUACUUAUGCCCAUUGGGAUGUGAAAUUGUUUUAAAAGAACUUGCUUCAUUUUCCUAACCAAAUUCAUUUUUUAAAAAAUAUGGAUUUUAUGGUAAGAAUCUGAAAGUGUCUCUUCUGGAACUUGGCGUUUGUCUCAAGUUUUACAGCUUAAGAAAACUGACUUAUUUUAAUUUCCAUAAAGUUUUUUACUAUGAAAUUUCUGUUCUAGUUGAUAGCUACUACCAGUUAACCCCCCUGUAUUGUAAUUGUAUGCGUUCUCUGUAUUGUAAUUUUGUAUAGGAAAAUAAGCUUUUCUUAACUAGAAUUCAUUCUGAGCUAAUUAAUCAGAACGUUGCUUUACCAAAACUCUCACUGGACUUUGCUCUCGGGUAGGACCUUCCAUCCUGUGUCAUUCCACGUAAUUCUAAUUUAAUGUCUAGUAAAAACAAACAAACAAAC